AUGAUUGAAUUCGCAGAAAGGCAGAGAAAGCAGAUUGAAGCGAAUCGCCGAGAAGUGGACCGACGACAAGCUAUGCUAGCCCAAGGUGGAACCGAUGCUUUACAUAAAAUUAAAUUGAUACGCAGAGAUCUUGCUGAGGAGGAGUUGGAGCUGAAAAGACUUUCCGAGCUGGAAUAUGAGAGUCAAAAUCUGGCAAAGAAGAACAGUGAGAAAGAAAUUGAGCUGAGCCAUCUUAGUGCAGAAUUGCAUGAACAGCAAAACGUUCUUCGCAUCGCAGCUGGAAGAGUGGAGAUUCUGCGGCGACAGAUUGACGAGCUUUACCGAAGACGACAAGCUGCAGCUGCGGCUGCUUUGUCUGAGCACAGAAAAAUGCAGCAGCUGGCUCACCGUGUCCAGGAAACAAAUCGGACUGCUACCAUUUCCGAACGUCCCAGAGCCUCAGUUGAACCAUUCCAAGUGAACACUCCGGUGCGAAGUGCUGCUGAAGCUGAAAAAGAUAGUAAGAGCGAGAAGUACACCGUGAUCGACGUAUCCUUAGACAGGUAG